GUUGAGACAAAGAGAAACCAAAUUGAUUGUUAUUGUUGUUUAAUUGUCGUUUCAUCUUAAAUCUUAUUGAUUAAUUCAGUUAAUUACCAUGAAUUCACCUUAAUUUAAAUGGAUUAACACUUUCUCAUCAUCACAGGAAACAUUUAAAUCAUGAAUUAAACAUAAAGUGUUGGUUUAUUGAAUUGAAUUGAACUUCUACUGAUCCAAAGGAUGUCCAUGGUUAAUAGUCUAACGGCGAAAGAACCUUUCAAAGAUUGUGAAGAGAAAUUAUCUCAACAUCCUUUAUUAAGCUAUGGGUUUAAAUUAACUUUACCUUCUGAGAAUAUGAACUGUACUUUAAAUUGUUCAGGACACGGUGAUUGUUAUGAUGGUGUUUGCUUCUGUGAGGUUGAAUAUACUGGCCAAGCUUGUGACAAUCCUAAUUACAGUUAUUAUUUAGCCUUGUCAACCAUUUACUAUUUUAUCUGUGUAACAUCAUUUAUUCAGCUUGUUCUUUGUAUCAACUCGGAAUUUAAAAGAAUCAAACCUCGAUCAUUCAUCCGAAGCUUCAGAAUUACCACUCAAAAAGCUCUUUAUUUCUUCAUAUGUGUUGCCACCGCGAUCAGAGGAUUUUACUUCUCUUCUCCCACCAAUCCUUCACUUGACUGGGCAAAGGGUUUAACUAAUGCUUAUUAUCCACUAGUUCUUAGUGGAUCGUCUUUGGUUGUCUGUUUUUGGGCUGAAGUUUUCCACCUUUACGAUGUUAAUGUCGCAAGGCCCAGUUUUCUGAGUAAAUCAUUCUCUGGAUUUAUUCUAUUUAAUAUUGUCAACUAUUCUCUUCUUGUCGCUGAGCUGUUUCUUUUCCAAUUCUCUGAUGGACAUGAUAUCGACAAAAGUCUCUUCAUGCAGGUAUUCAACAGCAUCUAUGCAAUUCUCAUCUUGGUGGUGGUUAUAUUUUUCCUUAUCUACGGGGUCGAGAUGUAUUUCAAAGUUAGAGGAGCAUUCAUCCAGGGAGAGAGUUGCCCAGCCAAUUUUUCUCAGCUUAAUCAAUCUCGAUUUGGUCUAAUUUCUCAAGCUACGAUGCUACUAUUUACCGUUUUAUUCCUCUUUUCUGAAGUACUUGGAGAACAUUGGAAAGAAAAAGUACCAGUUCUAAGUCGAAAUGCUCAUCGUAUAAUAUUCAGACUUGUUGAAAUUGGUAUCGCUCUUUGGUAUCCUUGUGUCCUCUGGAACUGUAUUAGACCUGAAAGACUUUGGGUUCUAAAUCCUCGUCGUAUACUUCGUCGUGAUCCAAGUGAUACUACACUGAAUGAUCCACGUUCGGUUGAAACCGAAUCAGCUUUACUAGUGGAUAAUUCAAUGAAUAAAUGGUCCAACAAAUGUCAAGAUAAUACUUCAUCACGAUCAAUUGAUUGUUGGAUUUGUUAUGACAGUGAACGUAAAGAUGUCGGUCCAUUAAUCCAGCCAUGUGCAUGUAAAGGUGAUGUUUCCGCUGUUCAUCACGAUUGUCUUAAACAAUGGCUCAUGGAGUCGCACUCAAGCCCAGAAAAUGUUCACUGUAAAGUCUGUAACGAACCUUACCUGGUAGAUCGAGGUGAAAUAUGGUUACCUUCAGGAUUAACAAUCAAUCAUUGGCUUCAAACUGGAGGAACCGCCUUAUUGAUGGGAAUAACCGUCGCCGGUGCUUACAUGAUAGUCCGACUUUAUCAACAUAUUAGCGUAAGAACGAUUUCCGUUGGAUGCGCUAUUCUCAUCGAGUAUGUUUGUUUAAGGUUCCUUGGAUUUAACAUACUCUCUGCUUACCAACGAGCCAAAUUUUCAGCCGUCAAAAUCCUUAGCCGAUCGGAUGAAGAUUAUGCUGCUGUUAUCAAAGAUCCAAUUAAAUUUAAAACAAUUAACCAAAGCAACAACAAAUUAACUACUGUUAGUCAAUCAAUACCAGUUCCAGAAAUUUGUUCUGAUCUCAAUUGUUCUGAUUCAAAAACUCAAGAUAAUUCAUCACAAUCACAAUCAUAAAGUCAUAAAUCAACAAAUCAAUCUAUAUCUUCCCUAAUUUCCCCUCCCGUCCAACUUUCUAUCUGAAAUUUUAAUCCUCAUCCUCAUUAUAAUUAUUCUCAUAGUAUCUUUUCGUUACCUUUAAGAAAGAUUAAAAGAUGCACCAAUUUUAAUCGCUCCAAA